AUGAGUUUCAAAGGGCUCACCAAGGCGGUGACCAGGGCUCCACAAAAUUUCAGACAGAAGUUCAAUAUGGGACAGCAAACCUCUGAUGCAGUUUACGAAGAUGCUGAAAGAAGGUUCAAAGAACUUGAGGGCGAGACCCAAAAACUUAGUAACGAGUCAAAACGUUACUUCUCAGCUGUUAAUGGGAUGCUUAAUCAUCAAAUAGGGUUUGCCAAGGCUAUGGAAGAGAUUUUCAAACCUAUUAGUGGGAAAAUAAGUGAUCCUACCGCUUCUAUUCCUGAGGACAAUCCAGAAGGUAUCGAGGCCAGCGAACAGUACCGAGAACUGGUGGCCGAACUGCAAACUACGUUGAAACCUGACCUGGAAUUGAUUGAUGAGAAGAUUGUUAAGCCUUCCCAGGAGUUAUUGAAGAUUAUUGACUACAUCCGUAAGAUGGCCACCAAGAGAAAUCAUAAAAAGAUCGAUUUGGACCGGCAUUUGAAUUCCUACAGCAAGGUAGAAGGCAAGAAGGAACCCAACGCGAAGGAUGAAGAAAGGUUGUAUAAAGCUCAGGCUCAGAUGGAGGUGGCCCAGCAAGAAUACGACUAUUACAACGAUAUGCUAAAAAAUGAACUUCCGGUGUUAUUCAACCUUGAAGCAGAGUUUGUUAAACCUCUUUUUGUGUCUUUUUACUACAUGCAACUGAACAUUUUCUACAGUCUGUACAAUAGCAUGCAAGACAUGAAGAUUCCAUAUUUUGACCUCGAUACAGAUAUUGUAGAGGCGUUCGUGGCGAAACGAGGAAACAUCGAGGAGCAAACGGAUUCUUUGACCAUUACACGGUUCAGAGUCGGAUACGGCAAAGCGAAGUUGGAAAUGACGAGAAAAAAGUAUGGCGCACAAUCUCCGACAAGUCCAGGAUCACCCUUGACCCCACAAGCUGCACAAUUUGGUGCUGCGGGAGUGCCUAAUGCAGUAGCAGCACCACCGCCAUAUGGCUUGGCGCCAGGUGCUGUUGGCCAGCAAGCAUAUCCUGUCGAAAAGGCUGCCUAUGCGACACCUCCCAUGGCACAACAGUAUCCUGCCGAGAAAUCUAACUACAUGGGAUCUCCCGUAGGACAACAACAGGCUUAUCCAGGAGCAGUUCCUUUAGCAGCCCCUGCCGCACCAAUGUCACCAUACGCUGCAUAUACCCCUCCCACCACGGCCCCUGCCGCGGAGACUGUCACUGCACUCUACGACUACCAAGCCCAGGCUGAAGGUGACUUGACCUUCCCUGCCGGCGCUAUCAUAGAAAUUCUAGAACGCACUGACGAUACCAAUGGCUGGUGGACUGGUAGAUACGGCGGUUUUCAAGGUGUGUUCCCCGCAAACUACGUUCAGUUGAACAAGUAA